AUGUCUUCCCCUCUCACAAAAUCUCCCAAAUCCCCCAAAAAGUCACCUAGGAUGAAGAAGGAUGACUAUAUUCCCAAAUUUUACAAAAUGGAAGAGGUCUUAGAACUCAAAGACAUGCAUGACCAGUUCAAGAAGAGCAAGGGUCUCUCUAAGAUCGAAAACAAUGAGGAUCUGUACAAACUCAGCAUGCUAGCAUCUGUCAAAGAAACACAUUUCAAUGUCCAUUUACACCAGAGUUUCAGAAUUUUGAGGGAAAUGAAAUAAGAUUAGAGAAGAACUAUCAGAGAAAGGCUAUAGACACAAGGUUCAGACUUACUCCAGGAGUUAUAAAGGCGACUUUGACCCCUAUCAGGUUGGGAAUACAGCGAAGAAAUCGAAAAUAAGACACCUUAAAAGCCAUAAUUCUAUGACAAAUAGGAAAAAUGCCACAAACACUCAAAGAGCUCUUUCUAAGAGUAAUAGCUACAGUGAAAGGACUGUGAAAAAGGAUCCUCAUAAGGAAUUCUGCAACCUCGGGUCGUUCCUUACAUUCUAUCAAAAAUAGGAUGAUGACGUCGAAUGGAAGCUCCAAUUCCGUCCUUAAAUAUGAAGAUAAACCAGAUUUCGAGCUUGAUUUUCCCGCUUAUUGUAAAGCUCAGUCCAUACUUGGAGAUGAUCUCAAGCGGAAGAGGAGGAAUCUGAGCUCAAUUCAAGGGUUCAAGAAAUUAGACAAGUCUGAUACCAACUUAAAGUCGUUAUUAAUCCAAAAUUCCUCAAGGAAGCUCCAAAAAAUAACAAAAAGGAUCGAAGGGAUGAUGAACAAUAAAAGAGAGACUAUCUUUGAUAGACAGAAAGAUCAGGAACUCGAGGUUCUCCUAAACCAAGAAAUAAAUACCCUGAAGAGCAAGCAUGGGAUCCAGAUUAUGAGCAAGAAGAGUAAAGAGAUCAUUGAGAAAUAAAACUCAGGAAGACCCAAACUGGAGAAGGAAAGUAAUGAGAUCACGGAUAAGUAGAUUACUUAUUUCAGAAAGUGACCACAAAUCAAGAUCGAAGAACAGUUCAUUCCAAACUGCAAAUGAUUUCUUCAUUACUAAUACUUCUGUGAAGAAAGGGAUGCUGGAUAGAAGGACAAAUUGCAGGACUUCUUUUGAUCAACCUAUCGAGGACUCAUCCCAGAGAUCAAUCACGGAUAAAGUUUUUGACGCUGUAAAAGAGCUGAAAAGAAAGCAUAAAAGAUUUCUGAAAUUCUCUAAAAGGAAAAAGAACAAAAUCGGGCUUAAAAUUUCUCCUGUUAAGAAGUUGUUUCAAUAUCUUCAGAUAAUUAUUAGAAUUAUACAGUUAAGAGCUUUGUUGUUUACAAGCUUAAUUUUAAUCCGCUUUAUACUCUAUAGAUACAUUACUAAUUCUAUAAAGCAGCAUUUUCAUGACUCUUGAGCACUGCAUUAA